AUGGACGCCUUUGCGGUCAGCGAGAACAUUCUUGCGGAACAGGAGAAGCCAGAUGUCAACGGCAGCCAAAAUACAGAGGAAACAAACAAAUUCCAACGUGCCAUAUCCUCAUGGCGAGGCAUCGACUUAACUAAUACUAUACCGAAACUUGACGCUACUGCUUCCGAAAUCGUCGCAAAUCAACGAGAUGCUCUCGUACAAAGGAAGGACCUUGCUCAGAAAACGAAGGAUUUUAGAAAACUCGAUGAUGCCUCGAAAUUGACCGAAUACAAGGGGCUUUUGAAAGCGUACCAAACGUUCAUUGAUCUUUUGACCACCCAUGGCAAAACAUCCUCGUCAGCUUUCUUACAACUAUACUCCCCGCUUUCCGAAGCUCCCGAUCCAUAUCCCCUCCUCGAAGCAUCCGUUGACUCGUUAGUGGCAUCUGAAGACACCGUCCCGAAACUCACCGCGGAGAAGGAACAUUUACAAAAGUCGGUGGCUCAAUUAACAAGUCAGCUCGAGACUACCGAGAAACGCCUGGAAGAAGAAAGUGAAGCUCGAAAGAGAUUGGAAGACUCCCAGGAAUCAAGGAUCAAAGAAAUAGAAUCGUCCUGGGAAGCAGUACUAUCCGAGAAGAGUAAUAAUUGGGAGGCMAAAGAGAAAACUCUGGAGGAAAAGAUUGAGAACCAAGAUCGGUUGGUUAAAGAGCUCAAGGCUUCCCUUGAGGUGUCGCAGCGACUCGACAGAGAUGAGGAUGUUGACUCUGCUCGCAAUACCGCUACGGCAGCCGAGCUGGAGAUUGUCGUCUCGGAUCUUGAAAAGACUAGUCUUCGGUUGGCCGAGGUUGAGGCACGUAACGAACAAAUGCGGCUUGAAUUAGCUCAGGCUGCAUCUCACUCGCAAGCCGAACAAAGGCCGAUUGAGGAUGAUCCGUCAUAUCUUCGAUUGCAGUCCGAAAAUUCGGCUUUGAUCAGGAAACUGGAUGCGGCAAGAUUUGACCGUGAUACCGAAAGGCACGAUUGGGAAAGCAAGGUCCGUCAGUAUGAGCGAACGAAUUCGAAACUCAACGCAGAGAAGGAUGAAUUCCGUUCAAAGCUCGACAAAUAUGCAGACUACGAGGAUAUUAAAAGAGAGCUCGAGGUUAUCAAGUCUAUUGAAUUUUCUACUGGUGAUGAUGACGAUGCUGGUACUCUUCAAGAAGAACUCACUAGCACGAACGGCACUUCCAAAUCCAAGGAAAAUUCGUUGGAACAGUUACUGAUGGCUCGCAACAAGAAACUCAGCAACGAGCUUACAGUACUUCGGGUCUCCCAUCGUGAUCUUCAAAGUCAGAUCGAGACGCUACAAGAGGAUUCAUCCACAACAAAAGCCGAGCUGGAAAAGUCUCAGCAGCUAUGUGCAACACUUGAAAAUGACCUCUUGCGCAUGCAGAAGAGCACAAAUGCUCUACCUUCGGCUGCAAUGUCCGUUGCAGGUACUUAUACAUCCCGCUUCCCUUCAUCUCGAAGGGGCGGCGGCACAUCUCCCACAUCGUCGAUCAUAUCUGGCUUUGAUCAAGUCGCUGCUUCUGCAAAUACAAUGGAUGCAAUCCGUGCCGGUGAAGCUGUGGGCGGUGGUUCUGGUAUCCUACCAAUGAUUCAGGCCCAACGAGAUAGAUUCAAGCAAAAGAACGCUCAAUUGGAGGAAGAACUCUCCAAAACAUACGCAACUGUCAAAUCACUUCGAUCAGAAGUUGCAUCUCUUCAGAAAGAUAAUCUGAAUUUGUACGAAAAGACUCGAUAUGUUUCAACCUACAGCCGUAACCAAGGUGGUAGCGCAUCCACAUCAGCAUCUUCCUAUGCCAACCGACCCAGUGCAACAUCAGUAUACGCAUCCGACGAAACCCCCUCAGGCGUCUCACUCGACAAAUACCAAUCCGCUUACGAGGCGCAAAUCUCUCCCUUUGCAGCAUUCAGAGGCCGCGAGGCAACGAGGGCAUAUAAACGUAUGUCUCUCCCCGAACGAUUAGUCUUCUCCAUCACUCGCGUGGUGUUGGCAAACCGAAUGAGUCGGAAUAUCUUCGCGGCAUACUGUUUUGCUUUGCACGUGUUGCUCUUUGUGAUGUUGUACUCUAUGAGCGCUGUUGAGAUCGAGAAGCAUCACAUCGACAACCUUGCUAAUGGCGCUGCGGCCGCUGCUGCUGCUGCCGCUGGUGGCGGUGGCGGCGGCGUUGGUGGUAGUGCUGCUGGAAAAUUACAUGGAGAUGAUUGGCAGCAAGAGGGUUUCAGCAAUUGA